ACACGAGUUGACCUGUUGCAAAUUACAGCUGUGGAAAGCGAACACUUGGAGAAUUGAAUUCCCGGAGAGAAAAAAAAAAACUACUGGAAAGCGCAUCUUGUUGGAAAACAAAACUACUGGAUCUCUGAACUGUCGUGGAAAACCGAGGACUUGGACAAAAGGACAUGGCCUUCAGUCGACCGCUGAUCUUCGAGGAGCACCUGCUGAGGGGAGUCGCCCCCGAGCUGGACGACAACCGUGCAGAUGGUCAUCAGCUGAUGGACAUCGACGAUGGCGAGGACUGGUCUGACGGCGCUGAUUCGGGGUAUGGCUCCAUGACGGAGGAUGAAGAGGACCUUGAUGUCGAGGAUGUCAGGUAUCGCUCCCCUCUUGUCCAGCAGCUCCACCCAGAUGGCUUUUGGGAGGACUGGCGACGGAUGUGCCCUCUUGUUCCUUCUGGCACUCCCCUCGCUGCCCCUGUUCCCGCUCCUAUGCCUGACGCUGUUCCUGUUUCUCCAAGCCUGGAGGAGUCUGCUCCCUCGAUGUCAGGCCUCAGCUACCCCACGAAGAGGAGCAGGGAGGAGAACCACACGGAGCAGGUAAGUAUGAAGAGACUGCGGAGGAACGGAGAGGAGGAGUCAGCUCCCUCGGUGUCAGGCCUCAGCUUCUUCGCUAACGGGAGCAGCGAAGACGACUACAGGAACUCAGCUCCUUCGACGUCAGGCCUCGGAUUCUUCGCAGGCAGGAGACACUGGCCCGACGCCUUUGGAUACCGAAGAUGGGCUGAAGACGGCGACUCUGAUUAGAGUCUGACCACCCUGUUUGCUGCAGGUUUGGACAACUGUAAAUACUUUCCCUUUGGCAGAGCUGAUGAUGCCCCAGGUAGCCUUUGCGUCUGGCGAGGCUGUCAGAGCCUUUGGUAGCGUCUUGCACCAGGGCCUAUUUGUACAUAGUUGAUAGUUGGUUAGAUUUUCCAUUUGUAACUUAGAUACCUGGCAAAGCUAAAAGUGGCCUACAGCACUUUCACCCAGAGCACUUCACUAUGUGCCUCUCACUCUUGCACACAUUUUCACACACACAUACACACCGUGAACAUGCGAGGCACUGACCUAAACAUUGGGAGCAAUUUUGGGUUCAGUGCCUUGCCCAGACAUUUCAACAUACAGACAGGAGGAGACUGGAGUUGAACCAAUCCUGACUCAAUCACUUCAGUCAAUUCAGCAUCACCUGACAACCAAACCUGAGAGUCUUUGGACACCUUUGGACUCAAAACAAAAACAAGCAAGCCCAAGAAGAACAUGAAAGAUCAGAUACAGCAUGAAAUCCUUCAAUGCCUCCCUGCAGAGGUACUAUGAAGAGAACUUAAAAUAUCCCAUCUAACCCUUGAAAAAACAAAGACACAUGCAAAAAAAAAUGUGCAGGUAAUGUAAAAAAAAAAAAAAAAAAAGCU